AAAGUGGUUCGUUUUGGAGAUUAAUAGUCAGUACUAAUCUCACUCAAGCAACGGGGUGUCUUUGACACGUUCCUUUCACUUGAACUUAAGUGCGCUCAUUAUAAUGAAGAAGGGUAGAGAGUCAACCCGUUUAUCUCGUUAAUGGGAAUCAAAGGGGGUUCAUUUUGAACCCCUUUUGGGAUCACUUUGUAUUUGAAGGAGGGGUUUUCGACACAGGAGGGUCAUCUAUUUGCAUCUAACUGUGCUCCGUUAGAUGUUGAUCAAUGGGAACGGUAAUAAUGUCCACAAAAGAAUCGCUUUCGAAGACCACUGAACAAGUAGGAGUAAUUCAUAGGUCGAUUGGAAGACAAUAGAACCUUCCUCCUGCUAUUGUGCUGUAAGGUUAGCUUGGAGCCGCAGGGAGGAGGGCUAUUAGAACAUAAGUGCUCUGGGCUUGACGAUAUUAUUGACAGUAUUGACUCGGCAGACGCAAGGUGUUAUUUGGGGAACAAGUCACUAUUCAGUGUGGUUUUAAAAGAAAUUAGAACAUGAUAAUUAUCAUCGUGUACAUUUAAUCAUCUUUUUAUAUUUUAAUUGAAGUACAGUCUACCUGAUGAAAUGUAUUUGUUUCUGCCUGAUUAUGUAAAUUGCUUGUUUGAGUACUUAUCGCAACUGAGUUCAUCGUGUUAAAAUGGUGAACUUACAAGGAGGUUGAAAUUGUGUUGGAUCUGCUCAUCAGUUUUUUUUUCUACUUUGUAAGCAGAAACCAACGUCAUGAAUACAGCCUAAGUUGUCAUGGGGACUUGGCUGAUCUACCAGUGUUAAUGAUAUAGUCUUAAAUAUUGGAUCAAUCUCCAUCACUCGUUUGUGUCUUUCUGCUCUUGUCUAUUGAAAAAACGAUGCUAAUAACUGAUGCCACUUUAUGGUGUUCCUGUUGGAACACAACCAUGCUGACGAGAUAGCAAAACAAUUUACAAAGCUGCUGUAACUCUCUUUAGAAUGAAUGAUGACAAGAUACAACCUGGGCAGAGAACAUUACGGAAAUCAGUGUCAUUCUGUCUCCCAAACGAUGACGAACGUGGGAAACAAGAGAAGGAAGAGAAGAAAAUCCCAGACCGUCUUCUCCUUCAACAGCGCACCCGGCGGUCAUCGUCGUCGACAUCAUCAUCAUUUCAAACUUAUAGCAAAAUGCGGGUUUUGUCAGCCCCAUUGCGGCCAACUCCGUCGCCGCCUGUCGACAAAUCAGGCUUGCCGAUGAAACGGUUCGGUGGUCAGCCACCUCCUCUGACGAGGUCGUUCUCCGUACCAACGGGUCUUACCCUGGCCAAUGUCCUGACUCAACAACGCGGCGAAGCCCUGAUCGCCAACGGGAGAUUACCGAACGUCAGAGCAAGGCGGUAUUCCAGUUCCUCGAUGGUGAAACGGAGAAUGAUGCAGCAUUCGGAACGGGAAUUCAACCGGGUUGCUGCGAAGGUCAAUGAUUUUUGUCGCCGGGUUGAUAGCCGAGCGAGCAAUGACCAAAGUCCAUUAGGAGAUGACGCUGAAAGGGGGAGAGGCCAAUUACGACCAAUCGCUGGUGAUGCAACAGGGAAUCCUCAGACAAUUACACACCAUGGUCGUAAGUACAGAGCUAGUUUCAGCAUCAGUUCAAAUUCAAUGGAUGACCUCGGUGACAACUCGAACAAUAGUUUCCUCCCCGAGGUACCGCCUCCCAAACAGAACAAAUUACGAGCUACCUACGACCAUCCUACGAUCUCCAUUACGAACGUCAUGAAUAAUAACAACAUCGCCAAGGAGAAAAUCGACCCCGAGAGCGACGUCGUUGGUGACUACGUGUACGAAGAUCAAGAUGAAAGUGACUCCGAACUGAAUGAGAGAAUUUCAAAAUGGUUGGAUGGAGUUAACAACUCAGUGGUCAAAAUGACACUUGAUGACCAAAGUGAUGAUGAAGGUAAUAAAAUCACCAUCAUACCACUCUGAAAUAUUACAAAUAUUCUCUCGGAAUUCGUCGGAACUUUAUGUAAAAAUUAUUACUAAUCUGAAAUAGCGAAACGGCCACUGUCAGUCGUAUAAAUACAUUUAUGAAUUCACGUAUCAUCUACCAGAAAAUGAGGAGAUAAAUUUUCAACUUGUUUUAUUCAUUUUCAUCUUCACAUUUGGUUGAAUAAUUACUAUUUUAUUCUAAUUAUUUUCGCAAGGUCAAAUUUUCUUUGUUUCCACAACACCUUUUUGUAUGAAUUUCCAUUUUUUAAAUUCAUAAUCAUUAUUACUUACCGGACACUAACGAAAAAAAACACCAAUCAGUCGUAAAGCACGCAAAGAGAGUUUAGGUUCUUUUUUGGUGAUUUUUUUUGUAUAAUCUAAUUUUUCUUUCCUUACUUUUUUAAUUCUUUGUAUUUGCUUUAAUGUCGUCACAUGUUUAAACAAUUAUUCAUAAAAGAUUGUUAACUUAAUGGGGUCGACUAAUCUACUCAGUUUCUUGAAUGUUUAAACAAAUGGGUUUUUUUCUUCUUCACAUCAAAUUUAACAAAUUAUUUAAAUCGAUAUUCUAUUAAAGGAGCACGACGUGGACCGCUCCAAGAAAAUUAAUACUAACAUAGAUUGACUGCCUUCAAUUGCUUUUUCAUGUCACUCCUAUUGUUUGUGAAACAUGGUAGAUAAUCCUUUCUAGAUAAUGCAUUAUUCCUGAUCAAUAAUGAAUAACUAUCCUUGUUCGCGUAUCUGAUACCUACUAUUUUGAGGAUUGUAACAUCAUUAAGAUUUAUGGUAAUGAAAAAAAUGACCCAUUUGUAGGCCUCUGCAUUAUAUUUCAAAUGUCAUUUCAACAUUUCUGUAGACCAUAGUUUAUAUAUUCCUCAGUGGCGUAAUGAAUCAAAUAUUUUUAGGGAAAAGAUAUGGUUCUAAAAAUAUGCGAGCGAGCAAAAUGUUGAGUUUUGGGGCACAAAAGUUUUUGACAUGAUAUUUAGAAAGCGAGAGCAUAUUGAACCCUUUUCUUUAAUUUUCGUUCUUUUUCUUGGUCCUGAUUUUUUAGGGGGUGGUUCCCUGGCCCAAAGCCCCACCUGUACGCCAGUGAUAUGCUCACACAUUGGGGAUUUGGGGUCUGUAAAAGUUGGUAGUAAUUUUCACCACAUAAAACUAGGUUGAUUUUCAAAUUCAGAACCAACCACUUAAAUUACAUAUAUGUGUCUCUGUGAAAAUGACAAAAAUAAAGAAUCACUGUCCCCUAAACAAUUCCAAUUUCAGAAAAUGCCAAAUCCCUCCUCAUAUUGGUGUAUUCGUCCGAUUGUACCUCUUGUUUGAGUGGAAUAUCUUUAUAUUUAUUGCUUGCAUGUGGUGACUUGAAACAGAUUUGUUUGACGAUAUUCAUUUUGUAAAUGUAUCCAUCUCAUUAAUCAUGUUAAUAGAACAUUUAUUAUUUAUGAGAAUAAACUUUACGACAUCUUUUUAAUUUGUUGUUACUUGUGUAUUGACGUUGUUGUUUUUCUCGCAAGAGGGCGUAUAUGAAGCGUCUCGGUAUCUGCAUGUGAGGGGGGAGGGAGGGGGGGUAAAUCUGUCACAAUGUACUCUUUAUUGUUAAGAACAAUGAUUAUAUUGAUCCAGGUUAUCUUUAUUUAUUUUUUCCUUGUGUGUUUACAUUGUCGUGUUUUCAUUUGAUUCCCUGGUCAGUUUCAUUGUUUUUUUUUACAGUUAAAUGGCUGUUUCUGUACUCAUGGAUAUUUGUGUUGGACGUGUGUGUGUGUGUGUGGGGGGGGGGGGAUGGCGAUAAAAGGCUUGCUUAUGAAAAGGAUAUAUGUAAUAUAGUGGUAGAUAUUGAGGCGGGUGACAUUUGGGGUUUCAAGGUGGCACGCAGGGCGAGCCGGGAGACCCCCGAUGUAUAGUAUGUUCAUGAAAUCCAUUCGUGGUUACAUUUUAUCAUAUAGUUAAGGUAUUGAAAUAAUCUAUUUCAUUAUAUUUUCAUUUAUUUAUUUAUUUAUUGGUUAUCUUUUUUUAUACUGCAGGGUAGGCCUGUUCAGUUAUGCAAAACUGCUUUCCAUAGGCGCCCUGCAGUUAACAAUUAACUCGACAUCAUAGCAAUUAAGUAAAAACAGAAUACAUUAUAGAGUGAAAUCGAGAAUUUUCAUGGAAUCAUUACAUUUACAUCAAUUCAUUCAGUGUAAUUACAUGUAUGACAGUCAGAAUUUUAAUGAUUUAAAGUGUUUUUUAUGCAUAUCGUAAAAAUGGUAAAGUCAACCCACAUCUUAUGUUGUCAUAAAUUAUGUUGUGAUCAAUAUCAAAGGAAAUCUUGGCCAAAAUUCUGACUCAUGAACUUUUGAACUGUAUAUAAUCGGCUUUUAUUGUCCACUAAAAUUAAAAUAAAUGAUUAAAUAGAGUAUGAUCUUCACG